GCUGCUGGCCUACGAGAUCUCCCGCAGCGUGAACGCCGCGGUGAUGACGGUGGGCAUCAUGGCCGUGAUCCCCGCACACCUGAUGCGCUCUUGCGGUGGGGAGUUCGACAACGAGGCGGUGGCGAUGGCCGCCAUCAGCGGCACGUUCUGGCUGUGGCUGCGCUCGGUGCGGACGCCAUGCUCGUGGCCCUGGGGGAUCGCCGCCGGCGUCUCCUACGGCUACAUG